AUGGAGCCGCCAGCCAAUCCGGGAGAAAGCCCGGUGGAGUUGGAGUUAACGGUGGAGAAUGUGGAGUCGGCUCUCUAUCAGCUGUACUUUGACCCGGUCAUGGAGCGUAAGAAUGUGGCCCAGAAGUGGCUGACCCAGGCCCAGGCCUCUGCACAGGCGUGGCAGUUCUGCUGGGCCCUGCUUGGCCCCGACAAGCUCCCAGAGGUUCAGUUUUUUGGCGCCAGCACCCUCCACACCAAGAUCUCCCAUCACUGGAGCGAUCUCCCCACAGACCAGCAUGACAGCCUGAGGAUGCAGCUCCUCUCCCACAUCCUACACUUCUCCUCUGGGCCCAAAAUGGUGCUAACCAGGCUGUGUGUGGCCCUGGCCUCUAUGGCUCUUAACUUAAUUCCACAUGUUUGGUCCCAGCCAGUGGCGGACAUGGUGAGGGCCUUCCAACCGCAGAAGCCUGACUCUGAAGGCAGCUCUGAGGCCGCCCAGGACCCUCAAACGCACUGCCUCGCACUGCUGGAGCUCCUCACCGUACUUCCGGAGGAGUUCCAGAGCGGCCGGCUGGCUCAAGCUCGUCGCACCCAGCUGAGGGGGGCCCUGGCUGGGGAGUGGGCGGUGGUGUGUCCCUUGCUGCGUCAGCUGCUCCAAAGCCAGGACUCCUCCAACCAGGUGAAGGAGAAAGUUCUACGCUGCCUGUCCAGCUGGGUGGGGCUGGACGUGCCGUUAGGGGAGAGUCAUGAACUGGUCCAGGACAGUUUCAGCGCUCUGUCCAACCCGGAGCUGUUCGACACGGCUGUGGAGACGAUAGUCAACGCCAUCUCACAGCCUGACAGCCAAAGGUACAUUGAUGCUCUGGUGAACUUGAUGCCUCUGGUGCUGGGUCUCCAUGACCAGCUGAAGACAGCAGCUCAGGACGGGGACAUGGAGACCUCACACGGUAUCUGUCGUAUUGCUGUUGCUAUGGGGGAAACGCACUCUAGGGUUUUGUUGGAACAGGUUGACCACUGGCAAGAGUAUCUGGCUCUGGUUAACAUGAUUCUUUUCUGUACUGGCAUCCCUGGGCACUACCCAGUCAGUGAGACCAGCAGCUCCCUCACACUCACCUUCUGGUACACUCUGCAGGAUGACAUCUUGUCAUUUGAGGAGGAGAAGCAGGCAGUUUACCUGCAGGUCUACAGGCCUGUUUACUUCCAACUGGUAGACGUACUACUUCAUAAAUCCCACUAUCCCUCCCAGGAGGAGUAUGCCUCCUGGUCCUCUGAUGACAAGGAGCAGUUCCGAAUUUAUAGAGUGGACAUUUCCGACACUCUGAUGUACGUGUAUGAAAUGCUGGGGGCAGAGCUGCUCAGUAACCUCUAUGACAGGCUGGGCAGACAGCUGAUGGACCCCCAACAGUCAGCAGUCUGGCAGGACACAGAGGCCCUGUUAUUUGGCUUCCAGUCCAUAGCUGAGACGAUAGACGUGAACUACUCUGACGUUAUCCCUGGUCUCAUUGGCCUCAUCCCCAGAAUCAACAUCAGCAACGUUAUGCUGGCUGACACCGUCAUGUACACCAUAGGAUCCCUGGCAGAGUGGCUGGCUGAUCAUCCGGUGAUGUUAGGUGGCAUAUUACCCAUGGUGCUUCAGGGCCUUGGGAAGGCAGAGCUGUCUGUAUCCAGUGUAUCCACCCUGAAGAGGAUCUGCAGGGAGUGUAGACAUGACCUCGCACCCUAUGCUCAGGACAUCCUGACCAUGUCACAGGAUGUACUGGUCAAAGAAAUCCAUAAGAGCAGCCAGUGCAUGUGGUUGAUGCAGGCUCUGGGCUUCCUCCUGUCCGCCCUGCCAGUGGAAGAGAUUCUGGGCAGACUUCACGCCCUCAUCACACCUCACGUCCAGCAGCUGGAUGCACUGGCCCAGCAGGAGCCUGAUCCUACUAACAAACAGUCUAUUAUUCACAUCCUGGGGAUGCUGUCCAGUCUCUUCACUACUCUGGACAUCAACAGACAAGCAGACAGCUUAGAGGGAGCAUCCAGCCAGAGACUCCCUCCCUCACAGAGCACACAGAAUCCAGUUGUUGUCGUUCUCCAGCAAGUGUUCACGUUGAUCCAGAACAUCCUCAGCAAGUGGCUUGAUGACUCAGAGAUAGUUGAGGCAGUGUGUGGGGUAUUUGAUAAGUCAGUUCGAACCCUCCUACAUGAUUUCGGGCCCAUGGUGGCUCAGCUGAAUGAGAUGCUGGGGCAGAUCUAUUGUGCCUUCCCACAAGCCUCAGCACUGGAUCUGGCACGGCAGAUGGUUCACAUAUUUGCCGGAGAGGAACAUCACAUCUCUAACAUCAAAAGCCUUAUUGAGGUGUUGACUUCUGCCACACUUACUAUAUUUCAGCAAGGUCCACGGGAUCAUCCUGAUAUUGCAGAAUCAUUUAUGCACCUUCAUGCUCAGAUUCUUAAAAGGAAGCCUGAUAUCUACCUGUCUGACCAGCUGGAUGUUAAAAGGCUGUUUUACUGCGGGAUUCUAUCCCUGAAGUUCCCAGAGACUCCAACAGUGAAAGCUGCCACCCUAUUCUUUACAGAGCUGUUGCCUCGUUGUAAAGACAUGCCUUCGCUUAGCGAAGUGUUGCAGAGGGAUGGAAAGCUUCUGACUGAGACCAUACUCCAGGCGGUUGGAGGCGAGUCACAUCGCAGUCUGACGGAGCACUUCGCUGAAGUGUUGUUGAGUCUAAACAGACACUGUCCAGCUCUGCUGUCCCAGUGGCUGAAAGAAACACUACAGACCCCAGGAUUCCCAUCCGCCCAGGUCUCCCUAGAGCAGAAAAACACCUUCCGUCAGCAGCUUCUGAGGGAGCAAACCAACAAGCGUCGCGUUAAAGAUAUCGUGAAGGAGUUUUCUCUGCUCUGUCGGGGCCUGCAGGGGUCCGGACACUCUGAUUACUAGAACGAGCUGGCAGCACUCCCAGUUCAAAGAGAGUCAUAAAAGAAAACCCAGAAUCUUUUUUGGUUUCAAUGAUAAAUGGUGCCAAAUAGCACUGCUCACUUGGGCAGGUGAAACUGGACAACAAAAACCAUAAUACUUGGACUGAACCAAAGCAAAAACACCCAUUAAGUUGACUGUUAUUAGGAUGAGUGGACAUUUGUGCAACAUGUUUCUAAUAAAUUACCUUUGCAGGCGCCCAAGCAGCAUAAAAUAAAAGGAAAAAGUGUCACAUUGCCUUUUACUAAUCUCUAGGAAUGAAUCCAAAUCU